ACCGAGUACCGCCCACGCACCCAUAUCUGAAUGAAUUCAACGAAAUAAUAUUGACACCGACAGUGGAGGAUACUCACACAAACCUCCCAUUUUACCCGGAAAAGUGAACGCGAGUUUCGGUGUGCUGAUGGGACAAAAAUAAGUCACGCGUGCACCUCGUGUUUGUGACUGAGAGGACGCGUCCAACUGUCAAAGGGAAGCCUCGACUGUCGAGGGCUCACCGAGAGGCUAGACCCCAUUACUACUAUUCAUUUCUCAACAAUUGAGGGACUCUGUAGGACUGGAUAUAUUUACUCCAUCAGAAUGAGCGGACGAUCACAGAUGACGGCGGUGAACGGCAAAAGGCCAAACACGAUGUCAAUUCGAUAUAAUACAGAGUCAUCAGCGCAACAUUUCGACCUGAUAAAAUACAUAUGUGACUCAUGGGAUUCAGUGUCGAGGGAGUUAAACAUGAGUCACAAUCAGUCCCAUGGAGAUUCGCGAAAUUAUCGCAAUGGUGCUUCAGUGACAUAUUAUCAGGAGAGAGAACCAAACCCACUGUUGAAAGACUUUGAGCCAUUCAACCUGGAGGCGUGGUGGGGCAGACGAGUAGUUCAGAGUAUAACAAGAAAUACAAACUCCUAGUGCCAGGCCCCCUACAACGAUCACACCCGUACAUUCACACACAGGUAUAAAAAACAGAAGAGGUAAAUUAAAGACGAAAAAAAAAUAUUGAGAACUGCGAAUAUGUUUAAAAGUGCAUAAUUAUCACCUAAUCGAGUCUCCAAAGCAUUUCCAAUGACUAAACAACAACAGUCCAAAUAAUUUCUCACAAUCAGAAAAAUUAUUGCAAAACGUCUAUAGAAUUACUCCGAGACUCGAGUUUUAAAUAAUGAUAAAAAGUUAAUUCAGCUUUCCUUUACAUUCCUACGCGUUCAUUCAGUAAAUAAAGAACACGAUAUCAAUGACUUGUUAUGAAGUAUUGAUUUUAAAAUGAGGGGAGAGGAUAUAGUUGAAGGUGCGAUUGAAGAUUGAUGAAAUUUUGAAAAUACUUGUCAUCGGCGCGGGAUCUGAACAGGGCAAUUUGUGGCGCUGUGCGCCAAGCAAUUUGUGUUUAUCAGAGUCCCCAGCGCAAAUAAUGACAUUCACAUCUCACCACGGAAAAUGCAUUGCCCUCACCCACGCAUUGAUCAUCCUUGCCUUCGGAUCAAACAGUAAUCUUGUAUAUGGGGGACGAUGAUCUGUUUUUCAAGGCUCGGAACUAUUUCGAUAUACUACUUGCUUUUUUAUAACCUUAGAUUAAACUUAGAAAAACAGUCAGAAAUGUAAUAAAUCAGUAGUGAAUUGGUAAAACGUAGAAUAGCAUGUUUUUCAUGUCAUUCAAUAUCGAUUAAUCUCAAAUCUUUUGAGAAAUUUUCCCUUCAAUCAACUCCUUCUUGAUAAAACAAUGAAAUAAAAAAAAUGUCAUUCUUUAUUUAUUACGUUUUGACACUCCACUCUUGUAAUAAUAAUCAUAAAUUUUAAUGAAUGUGAGAAGAAUGCUCAUCACACGAUUUAGACGAAAUUUUGCACGAGUUUAUGAUAGAAAUACAAAGAAAAAACCGAGAAAAACGAGUAUUAGAUGAAAAAUUAUAACACCAUUUUCGUAGGUUAAAAUUCAAGAGUUAAAAAUUCUUUCAACUCUCAUCUAACAUUAAUUUAACCGACAGACCUAUUUAUACAUAUGUAUUUACGUGAUGUACAUCAUACGCGUAUAGGUGAUUAAGAAGAUAAUUUCUAUACCCAAAAGAACGAAAGAAAUAAAUAGCUUAUACUACCUUUGUACUACAAAAUCCAAUAAAAUCCGUUCAUUUUUUUUCUACAAAA